CCUAACGAAAGUGAAAGUAGGGAAUUCCCAAUAAAAUAUACCACUGGUCUCGUGAGUCAUAGCCAAUAAAAACAAGUGUCCAACUUGAGCCCAAGUAAACAACGAAGAAAUUUAGAAAAGGCUUGUAAAAAAGGUAUGAAAACACUGCAUGACUAAAGAUGGAGUUAAUUUGUUCCUCUCAUGAAGCUACCAGUAGUAGAGUAAACCAGGUACAAGAGAUUUGUAGAAGAAAUGAGAUAUCUGUUAACGUCAGGCAGUGUAAGGGAAUUGAAGAUGUGAAAAAAUUGGAGGUAGAUGUAAAUAAAUGUUGUGUGCUAAUACUAGAUGAUGAACUGGUUGAUUUACUAGAAUGUUGUGGAAAACUUGUGGCCAAAAUACUAAGGAUUACAUCCAAGCCUAACAAGUUUAUAUAUUUCAAACUUGUUACUGAUGAGAAGAUGGAAAUGUUUGCAGCAGAUGAAUGUGAUUGGAGAAAUUGCGUUGAUUCUGAGGAGGAACUGAUCCAAGUUUAUAUAAGGAAAAUAUGUAAAUCUCCUACAGAGUUUGAUGAAACAACAAACACAUGUCAAGCAAUGCAGUCACUGAGAUUUGACAGUGCUGAUCACUUGUCCAAUUCUUCUUUCUUGAAUGAAACAGUUGUUAACCAGCCAACGAAAAUCACUCAUGCAAGACCAGAAGCUGUAGAAAGUAUACAUACAUUCUCUAGUGUUGAUGACAAUCUUGAUGAGAAACAAUGCCAGAAUGACUUAAAAAGACCAUCUGUGGAAAAGGGUGUUCACAAGGCAAGGAGUGAACAAAAUCUGGGUUUCUCAGUUAGUUUACCAGAAAACAAACGGAAUAAUAUUGAACACAAAGGAGAAAGGAAAAGUUUACCAGAUAAUUUACAGAGUGUUACUACAAACAACUUAUAUCCACAGUUGAGUGGAAUUACAUCAUAUGUGGAAGCUGGAAUGUCAUAUAGCAAUGAACAGCCACGUGGAACUUUGCAGUCCCAUUGUCAUUUACAGUCACACAGUCACCUUCAGUCCCCAAACCUUAAUAGACCCUUACAUCCUUGGUCUCUGAAUGGACAUAGCUUUGAUUCAUCUGGUCCUUAUGCUUUGCCUUGUCAGAGUGGCAGAGGGUACAGUUGUCGGUGCGGUUCAUGCCAAACGCUGCAUCAACAAUCAUCAAGUUUUCCUCAGUUUCAUACCUUACAGCCAAAAUCUAUAGCAGGCAGUUCCACUGGCAGACCUGAUACAACAAAUAACAUGAACUUUAGACCAGAGAUACUUGCAAUCAACAGGAAUUAUACUCCAACAUAUGAUCCUAAUAUACAGACAGAUGGAUCAGAUAACAGGACCUUUUCUUGUGGCCAUUGUGGACAUUCUGUUAUUCCAAAACAUGAAAUGAGUGAUGUUGGACCUUCAUCUGAGACUUAUCAUUCAGCUGGUGGUGCUUCUGGUAUGACGGAGAAAGAAUACAUGAAUCCUGACAAAGUCAGUGUAAUGGAAUUAAAGGAAACAGUCAUGGUAAUGAUUAGAGACACCCUGGAUUGCUCUAAUUAUUACAACUGGAAGAAACUUGCCGACCUCCAUAAAUGGUCAUUUGGUAGAAUAUACCAGCUAGAACAGAAGUGGAAAAGUCGUAAAAUCGACAGUCCGUUCAUGCAUCUGAUUGAAGAAUUCCAGCAUUACACAUUACUAGAUCUGAAGGAAGAUCUGAAACAAAUCCCUAGAAAAGAUCUGCUGCACAAAAUAGAGGAACUUCAGUGUAGAGGAAUGUUGUUCCAUAAUUAGAUCACUUACACAAAAGCAAGGGAGAUAAGUACAAUUGUUAAACUUUCCUUGUCAACUAUGCAAAGAGGUUUCAGAUUUUAAAUUUAAAGUUUCAGUAUCUUGAUUUAGUACUGUAAUGAUGAAGAAAGUAAUUAUUAUAUUUAGAUGACAGGUAGGUGUUUUCAAGACUACAUCCCAUGGUACAUCCUGUUACUUCUAAUAAACAAAUAAAGUACAAAAUGUACUAUGAAUUCAUUUAUAUUUGGUUGGUUGAAUAAAAUUUGAAUUUUCGUUAAUAUUCCAAAGUCUGCAUACAAGCCUGUACAAAAUUUGUACUGAAUUGAACAUUUAAAUUCGUGUUUCACCUUUCCGAAGGAAAUUCAUGAAAAUUGGAAUUCAUGAAUAUUAAUGAAUCCACAGUAUAUAU